AGAAGAUAAAACAGAGGUGAAAAAAUAGUCAAUAAUUUCCAAAUUGAGAAGCAGUAUUUAGCAGCAAUAUUGCUUAGUGAACAUAUUCUGCUAGAAAAAGUGGCUCUUUCAUCUAAUUGUGACAACAUGCAAUAAAAAGACAUUCUGAAAAGCGGUAUAAAAGUUAGACAUGACCCUGAUUUUUGCUUUAAUAUUAGCUUUUUAAUCACCGGAUACCAUAAUACAGGUAAAUACUACAAGUGAUGGUGGAAGAGGGAAGUUCCCAGAAUGCUUCAUUUUGUCCCUAUCCAAGUCCUCGUUAAGAGAAGUCUCAAAAAAAAAGUCACAUACAACUCAUAGCAAUACUCCGUUUGUUGACAGACCCAGCGCUGCCUUUCUGGAACAGCAGAAACACGUAGCGCUAAGGUCAACGGCGGAGGGGGGGGGGGGAGAGGGAGGAACCAUCGCUUCCGAGAGUGGAGUAAAGGCUGUGGUUAUGAAAAUACGGACGGGCUGGGCUCUGAGUUCUCAUUCACCUACCCCAAAUCCCUUUACGCCGAGCGCACUGCGAUUUCAGUCCAGCUGAUUUCCAGCCGACAGACGGGGCUCAAGUCAGGGGGACACGGAGCACCUCAGAGUUUCUACCGGGCCGAGCAGCAGGAAGUGCCCGGCCAUUGCGCUUGCGACAUCGUUAACAAGAUAGCUUUCCUCCUCGCCACUUCUGAUAGGCUAAUCCUGGUUGAAGAAAGGCGAAAUGCCCAUCAAACCAAACCCAGCAUUAAAACGGAGACUUGUUCGAAAAGUUGCUUUCUACCUCCGAUCGUAAACCGCAAGGAUGGACGAAAAAACACCCCUCCCUUCCCGCCUCUUCUCUCCCAGGCGGACGAUGAAGAAGCUAUACAUCGGCAACCUGAGCCCGGCCGUGACUGCCGAGGAGCUCCGUCAGCUCUUCGGGGACAGGAAGUUGCCCCUCACCGGGCAGGUCCUACUCAAGUCCGGCUACGCUUUCGUGGACUACCCGGACCAGAACUGGGCCAUCCGCGCCAUCGAAACUCUCUCCGGUAAAGCAGAGUUGCAUGGCAAAGUCAUGGAAGUGGAUUAUUCAGUCCCCAAAAAACUAAGAAGCAGGAAGAUUCAAAUCCGGAAUAUUCCUCCACAUUUACAAUGGGAGGUGCUAGAUGGUCUUUUAGCUCAACAUGGCACAGUAGAGAAUGUAGAACAAGUGAACACAGAAUCAGAGACAGCAGUUGUCAACGUUACAUAUGCAACAAAAGAAGAAGCAAAAGUAGCAAUUGAGAAGCUUAGUGGUCACCAGUUUGAGAACUAUUCCUUCAAGAUUUCCUACAUCCCAGAUGAUGAGGUGAGCUCCCCUCAGCCCUCUCAGCGAUCCCGUCGUGGGGGCCACUCUUCCAGGGAGCAGGGCCCCUCCCCUGGGGGCUCCUCACAGCCCAAACAGCUCGAUUUCCCACUACGGAUCCUGGUGCCCACGCAAUUUGUUGGUGCCAUCAUAGGAAAGGAGGGCUUGACCAUAAAGAACCUUACUAAGCAAACCCAGUCCAAGGUAGACAUUCAUCGGAAAGAAAAUGCUGGUGCUGCUGAGAAACCAAUAACCAUUCAUGCCACCCCUGAAGGGUGUUCGGAAGCAUGUCGCAUGAUACUUGAUAUUAUGCAGAAGGAGGCUGAAGAAACAAAAUCGGCUGAAGAUAUUCCUUUGAAAAUCCUAGCACACAACAGCUUGGUUGGAAGAUUGAUUGGCAAAGAAGGAAGAAACUUGAAGAAAAUUGAGCAAGAUACAGGGACCAAAAUCACUAUUUCUCCUUUGCAGGAUUUAACCAUUUAUAACCCUGAAAGAACCAUCACUGUGAAGGGCAAUAUUGAGGCCUGUACCAAUGCUGAAGGAGAGAUAAUGAACAAACUGCGGGAAGCCUAUGAGAAUGACGUGGUAGCAAUCAAUCAACAAGCCAAUCUCAUCCCUGGACUUAAUCUCAAUGCAUUGGGCAUCUUCUCAACAGGUUUAUCCAUGCUUCCCUCAGGAGCUGCAGCCCGUAGACCUGCUAUUGCUGCUCCCUACAACCCUUUUGCCAGCCAAGCAGCAUACCUUUCGGGCCUUAAUGGAGCCUCGCUGACUGGCACAUAUCCCCAUCUGCACUCCUUGCCAGAACAGGAAGUGGUGAAUUUGUUCAUCCCAACCCAGGCAGUAGGUGCCAUUAUUGGAAAAAAGGGCCAACACAUUAAACAGCUGGCAAGAUUUGCAGGUGCUUCAAUCAAGAUUGCACCAGCUGAGAGUCCAGAUGCCACUGAGAGGAUGGUUAUCAUUACAGGGGCCCCAGAAGCACAAUUCAAGGCCCAAGGACGGAUAUUUGGAAAACUGAAAGAAGAAAACUUUUUCAAUCCAAAAGAAGAAGUGAAGCUUGAAGCUCACAUCAAGGUGCCUUCUUCUGCAGCAGGUCGGGUGAUAGGAAAAGGUGGCAAAACAGUGAAUGAACUACAGAAUUUAACUAGUGCAGAAGUAAUUGUACCACGUGACCAAACUCCUGAUGAAAAUGAGGAAGUUGUUGUCAAAAUAAUUGGUCACUUCUUUGCCAGUCAGACUGCUCAGCGCAAGAUCAGGGAAAUUGUCCAGCAAGUGAAACAGCAGGAACAGAAACAUCCACAAGGCACCUCGGCCUCACAGCGCAGCAAAUGAGGCUGCAGGGUGCUGGCCAGCAACAACUGAUGAAUGUAGCCCUUCCAACACCUGAUAGAAUCACCGGACCAGGGAGCAAACCAAAGACUAUCUGACGGCAUCCAUGCCUGCCGGAGAGGCUGGGGCUCUACAGAGGACAUCCAGUACCCAGGGAGUGGGAAGGGAUGGGCAUCAGCCAGCAGGAACUGCCUCUCUCACCCCAUAGUCUCCAUGGAGUCUCUCUAACAGUACAACGCUAUCCCUUUAGUUGGACUAACAUAGGCAGAAAUUUUGCAAACUUUUUCUGUACAUGUAUGUACAUACUAGGAAAGCAUUUUUUUACACAGUGCAUGAGCUGCUGCACCAGAUAGCAUUAAUAUAUUUUAGAAUUAAUCUAGCUAACUAAACUAACUCCAGUCUUUAAUUUUUUAACAACAACAUUUCUUUUUUUUUCUUUUCUUUUUUUUAGAAAAAGCCAGCUUUUCUAGACUAAAAUUAAAAGGCUAGUCCAUUAUGGGUUUCUAACAGAAAGUAGGAUGGGGACGUAGGAUAGCCAGAACAAAAUUGAAAUGAGACUGAAAAGUAAACAAUACUUUCAAAGGACUUCAGGAUGAUUAAUGGUAGGAGCACAUCAUCAUAGAUUGCCUGUAAGUGCCAACAGAAGGGAUACCGUCUUGUUAGCAGAGGAAUCUCUAUGCAUUUCUUUCUCCAGCUCGUGUGAUCUUCUCUUUGCUUCACAGAUCUCAAUCUGGUUUUUGCAUACAGUCUCUCAUUUUGUACCGGGGUGCAAUCCUCCAAAUACGUGUGUGUGUGUGUGUGUGUGUG